AUGCCUCUCGAUACCUCCACGUAUUCCCUGGCGCUGCUGCGCGUCGACGGCCGCAGAUGGAACGAGCUCCGACGACUGCACGCCCAGAUCCGUACCCAGGAUGCCGCCGACGGCUCCAGCUACCUCGAGAUGGGACACACAAAGGUCAUGUGCGUCGUGACGGGACCGAGCGAACCCCAACGUCGCGGAGGCGCAGGCGGUCAGACCAAGGAGGCUGCUGUCAACGUCAACCUCGUGGUUGCCGGCUUCAGCUCUGUUGAUCGCAAGAAGCGCGGUCGCAACGACAAGCGAACUCAGGAGCUCGAGGCAACGAUUGCCAAGGCCGUCUCGGCGAACCUUCACACCCAUCUCUUCCCCCACAGCAGCAUCUCCAUCUCCCUCCACGUACUGUCGCAGGACGGCUCUCUGCUGGCUGCUCUCCUUAAUGCUUCCACCCUCGCCCUCAUCGAUGCGGGUAUCCCCAUGACCGACUACAUUGCCGCAUGCACGGCUGGUUCGACCUCGACAUACGCAGCUGCCGACGACGGCGCGGAUCCCUUGCUGGAUUUGAAUACGCAGGAAGAGCAGGAGCUGCCGUACCUCACCGUGGGAACUCUGGGCCUGACCGACCGUGUCGCGGUCUUGGUCUGCGAGAGUCGUGUCCAGGUCAGUCGUAUGGAGGGCAUGCUCGCCGUCGGUGUGGAUGGAUGCAAGCAGGUGCGACAGUUCAUGGAUCGAGUUGUGAAGGAGAAGGGCAGACAGAUGGUGCAGGAGGGUACGGUAGAGAAGGGUACUGGUUUGGAUUUGGAGAUGGAAUCCUAA